CACUGGCGAGUGGUUAAGGUCGCAUAAGAAUCGCCAUCUCUCCUAACUUCGAAUCACAAACACAAACUCUCUCAAAUUUCACCCCGAAACGGAAACUAAACUUCCAAGGCCUUCUCUCAGCUUACGUGAUAUAUUAGGGAUUGGGAGUUUGACUAGUGUCACUGUUAAAUAGCACUCAUAUAAGCUUGAGUUCUUUUUGGCAUGGCGAUUGUUUGUGAGAGAUGCAUGAUAUUCUAAUGAAGGAUGUGGUUUGAAGAAUUGAUAAUAUCUGGGUGCUGAGCACAGUGGAUAUUUUUUGUUAUCAGAUGGAUUAUAUGCUGAAUUUUUAUUAUUCUUUGCCGGAUUUGGUGUUUUAUGCUAUGAAGGUGUUUCCUGUUGUGAAGGGAAAGUAAGGGUUUUGGUUUACUCAUGGAUAGAUCUUGGGUGUGCUGUUGUAAUGUGGAUGUAGUUGUAAUUUGGGCAGGGAGGAGACUGCUGCAGUGCGGUGUUGGUGUUGGUGUUGGAGGUGUUUUUGCAGACCAGUGGUGGUAGGUGUUGAUAAGGAUAAAUUUGACCAUGAGUUCAGACAGCAGAAGCCGAAGCAGGAGCAGGAGCCCUAUGGAUCGUAAGAUCCGAUCUGAUCGCUUUUCAUAUCGUAAUUCUCCUUACAGAAGAGAUUCACGUCGGGGUUUCAGCCGAGACAAUCUGUGCAAGAACUGCAAACGACCAGGCCAUUUUGCCAGAGAAUGCCCUAAUGUUGCUGUAUGUCACAACUGUGAUCUUCCUGGGCACAUUGCUACAGAAUGCACUACAAAGUCACUGUGUUGGAACUGCCGAGAACCCGGCCACAUGGCUAACAACUGCCCCAACGAGGGUAUUUGCCACACCUGUGGAAAGGCAGGACAUCGUGCUAGAGAGUGCACGGCUCCGGCGCUGCCUCCUGGUGACCUGAGAUUAUGUAAUAACUGCUAUAAGCAGGGUCACAUUGCUGUUGACUGUACAAAUGAUAAGGCAUGCAACAAUUGUAGGAAGACCGGUCACCUGGCACGUGAUUGCCCAAAUGAUCCCAUCUGCAAUUUGUGCAAUGUAUCUGGGCAUGUUGCUCGACAGUGCCCCAAAGCCAACAUUCUCGGAGAGCGUGGAGGAGGAGGUGGUGGUGGAGGUGGAGGUGGAGGUCGCAGCAGCGGCUACAGAGAUAUUGUGUGCAGGAACUGCCAGCAGCUGGGCCAUAUGAGCAGGGACUGCAUGGGCCCCUUGAUGAUUUGUCACAAUUGCGGGGGACGAGGGCACCUCGCAUACGAGUGCCCAUCUGGCAGGUUUAUGGACCAUCGGUACUCAAGGAGGUACUGAUGAUAUGUCUAGUUACGCGGUGCAGUAUUUUGUUAGAAUAUUCAUUUUCUAGAUCAAUCGACGAGUUUAAACUUGACAAAACAUGAGGAGCCAGACUUUGGGCUUGUUUUCGGCGUGAAUGGGCGUAUGUUAAUUUGGAUUAGGAUAUUAGAAUUUGUUAUUGUUGUGUUUGUUUGGAUUGAAAUCUUAGCUACCAAUAAAGAACUGCGUUAGUUAUAUUCAACUAA